UGUGUGUGUGUGUGUGUGUGUGUGUGUGUGUGUGUGUGUGUGUGUGUGUGUGUGUGUGUGUGUGUGUGUGUGUGUCAGCGAGAGAAAGACAAACAUGCAUCUGAGUCCAUGCAGUCGUCAUUGGUUACUGGGUGGAGUACUGUUAUUAAAUCUGAGAGAGAGACAGAGAGAAUGUCACAGAGAUAUUUAAAGUACAGAAAACCAAAGACUGUCAGCUGGAGCAGGGAUGAAUAAAGCUGCUCUUCCUCCAGUGAUCCAAGCAGGAAAUGGACGGGUCCUGUCCAGAGCCGAGUUUGUUUCACUGCUGAGGACUUAUAACUGUUUCCUAAAGAAUCAGACUCAGUUGCAUCUCUCUUACCACCAGAGCGAUGGCGGGGAGGUGGUGGUGGAAGGUUUCCUGAACAUCUCGUGGGGCGUUCGCAGACCCAUCAGACUAAAAAUACAAGACGACAAACAGAUUCAGCCCAUUCCUCCUGCAAACUCAGUGGACGCCACCGGUCCACUCAGUCCAGUUGGAAACAAGAGGAGUAUGUCACGAUGGGGAGAAUAUAACGACCUUCAUCAGAUCGAUGAAAUGGCGGAGACACCACAUGAACGCAUCGAGAACAAACCUCUGCCAGGUCCUGUUAUUUAUGAAAGCACCACACUGCGUUCUCCAAGGAUGACGAAAUCAGAGAUGGAAGCAGAGUCUAACCUGUUCCGGUGUAUGAGUGACGCCUCAUUAGUUAAGAGGAGGAGAAGUAAGGGUAAAUCAGCAGCACAAAGAGAGCAAGAACGCCAACACCGCUUUUCCAUCAACGGGCACUUUUAUAACUAUAAGACGUCUAUCUUCACUCCAUCGUAUGGUAUUCCAACUAAAGUUCGGAUCUCCAGCAGGAUGUCCACACACCAAGUGAUUGAACAGCUAUUGAACAAGUUCAAGAUAGAGAACGAUCCUCAGGAGUUUGCUCUGUAUUCUGUUCACCAGAGUGGAGAAAAGAGGAAACUGAGUGACAGAGACCAUCCCUUAUGGGAGCGAAUACUCCAAGGACCUUCUGAGAACAUCAUGAAGAUGUUUCUGAUGGACAAGGAUGAAGAGGAGGUCAGCAAUGAUGUAGCCCAGUAUCUGAACUUGGAGCUUCCGAUCCUGGAGCAGGUUCUGCUGAAGCUCACAGAGGAGGAGAACCGAGAGAUACAGAGAGUCAUUAGCAAGUAUCGCCAUCAGCACAGAGUUCUAUCCCACAUCCUGAGCUGUAAAAAGUUGCCUCACUUUGAGACGAGUGUGUGACGUGCAGUCAUCAUGGAAACCGACUGACCAUUAAGCCGAGUAAGGACGACAGAAAUAAAACAUUUAGUUUGAAAUAAUUCAUCAUAUUUGAGCUCAUGUCAGGGGAUUGUCUCUGUAUGGGUUGAAGGUUUUGGACACCCCACAUGUUGGUGUCAUCAUAAAUGAACAACAAUAAAAACCAUGUUUUAUAGUCUCACAGCUGCAGUUGUACCAGCAAUGAAUUUCCAUACUCACUAUCCCAUCCAUGCCCUUGUUUUCUUCCCUUCAGUGUGUAAAAUAAGAUGUUGUAAAUAACUGUAAAAAAGAUACUUUCUGUACCUUAGGAUUCUUUUUUUUUAGGUUUUUGCCUGAAAUAAUAAAA